GAUAUACAACCCCCACACAACACAACGAUUUUUGCGUACAGCCCAACCUACUUGCCUACUCAACUGACCCAUUUGUAUCCCAUCUCGGAAGCGCCGUAUCUGCAAAUCACAAAUACAUCUUGACCGCAAUGCCACACCCUAGCCCCAUCCAACCCGUCCAGCUCGCCAAGGGCAACUCGCUCCAAACCUCCGGCGGGCAAACAUCCGGUAUGAUUCGCCAAAACGCCUUCGCAGACAAAUGCGACGGCAUCUGUGCCUCGCGGAUGCUAGCCGAUGCGCACACGGCGUCUGCUGUGCAUCAUCACGGCGCCCAAGACACAGUUAUUUUCGCGGUGAGCGGACGGGGCACCAUCACCAGCGAAGGGGGCAAACACAGGGUUGAUUUGGAGCCUGGCGAUUAUUGUCUCAUUCCGGCUUAUGCGGAACAUCAGGAGAUCAAUGACGGGGAUGAGCAGCUGGUUUUGGCUGUGUUUCGAAGCGGGAGGAUGCCCGAGGUGGUGAAUUUGAGUGGGUGGGGAGGGGAACCGGUCGAUAGUUGAAGAAUUACGUCAAUU